AUGGCUUGUCUCACAACUCUUCUCUUUGCCAUGUGGCUUGGUGUGACAGUGAGCACAGUGGUUGAUCUGGAGAAGAGAAUCUUCGGAGGUGAAGAGUGUGGAGCAAAGGAGCGUCUGUACCAUGUCAAGGUGAUAUCAACUGAUAUGGACCGACAACGGUUCCGUUGUGGCGGCUCUCUGAUCAGUCGCCAGUGGAUUCUGACUGCAGGUCACUGCUUUAAGCCAGGACGGACUUUCACCGCAUAUAUAGGCGUGCAUCCUGGUCCUCCUCAAGUAGUGAGAAUCACAGAGAAACCUAAAAUCUUCAACGACGGCAAGAUACACGACCUCAUGUUACUGAAGCUGCCUGGAGCAGUUUGUCUCUCACAGGGUGACUCUGGUGGAGGAGUGGUGUACAGGGACAGGAUUUAUGGUGUCCAUGUAAGGGGUCAUCCUACACAUGCCUUUGCUGCACCAGCUACAUCUAUGGACCUCUGUUAUCAGCCAUACUUGAAGUGGAUCAAGAAUACUAUCAAGCAACCAUGA